AUGCUAGAAAACUUGAAAAUCGUCUUAACGGGCAAGAAAGAAAGGGGAGAGGAAACGGAAGUCAUAGAGCGUCAAGUGGAAGAGGCAGACGCACUUUUUCGAGAGGCAAUUCAUGAGUAUGAUGACGAGAAAAUAUUUGAUGUAGCUGGGCGGGUUGAACAGCUAACGCUGAGCCAUGAUCCCUUCUAUCUUGAGGGCGAGGAGGUCCGGAAAAACGAAUUUUUUGAAAAGAAACGCAAGGCAGGUGUUCGGCGAGCAACUUGGGCGAACAGCCCUUCUUCCCGAUUUGUUAGCUUGAUGAAAGGUGAUUUGGAAGGCAUUGAAGAGGUGACAGAAGAGGAACAACGAUCGUGCAUAUCUAAAUGCGCAUGGGGCUUCGCCAUUCUUGGAAUGGUAGUAGCAAUUAGCUUUCUCAUCGCUGAUUUCUGGUCAGCACAAGUCAGUCCAGCCAUAUCAACCAAUUUGGUUCGAAACGACGACUUGGUUCUACCAGUCAUCUACGCCUGUCUCUCACUUCCCAACAUUCCAAUUUUUGAGGACCUACCGAAUGAGCGCUACAAGGGAUCGUCUCUAUGGGGCUUGCGAAGCUACGAAAACUUGGAAAGUGGGGAAAAUAUGAUGUUUCCAGAUACGAAUUCAAUUGCAGAACCGUCCUUCCUCGGCAAUUUAGACCAUUGUCCUAAUGUUUCACGAAAGCUCUCUGCAGAGGCACUAAAGGAUGCUUUAGGAUUCGAACCAGAUCCAUCAAAAAGGUGUCACUCCUGUCUGAGAAUUGGUAGGAAGGUUCCGUUCCGGCUGAAUCGGGAAGCGGCAUCGGUACGCCCAAGAGGUGCCAUCACUCUGGAGUUUGCCUCAUCGAGACUUCUUGAAUUGUGUUUUAAUCCCAGUCAGGGAAGCAAUGAAGUCGUCAAGAACGGACUACGAGACGUCUUGAAGGCGCAAGGCGAAGAUCUGGAGAAGAAGAAGAUUGUGGAAAUAAUCGCUGCGCCCUCGUUGAGUUUCGCCCUCAAUUAUGGAUUUGAUGAUUUCAAAAACGGAAACACUGAACUCCGAAACGACGGACUUCAGAAGGAACUGUCAGUUCUAUGCAACUUGUAUUUCUUCUCAGGCCACUUCUUUCCUGUUGAAAGCGGAAAAGAAACAAAAUACAUCUACGAUUUGAAUGGCGGCGUGAAUUCUUGGAAGGAGGUCGGAAACACCUCUAACUUUUUCAGGUCUGUUAGUGACACCACACUCGUUUCUGACAUUGAUGUGAGCCGAGAGGCUAUUCUCAAAUCCAUGACACAAGAAAACCGGGAAGAAGCGUUUGUAAUUGCCGAUGCGGGCAUUGAAGUUUUUAAGGUGGACGACCCGUCACGUCCACCGGGAGCAUACAAGGAUUUUGUUCGCUCGUUGCGGCGAAACCACCGCGACACACUUUCCUUUACAAAGAAAAUUGAUAGUGGGGUCAGCACAUACGCAACGUCGUUUCACUACGGAGAACAGAAGAUCUUCAAAGCAGUCGGACUGCACCGGCGGUACAACAUCUCUCUAGAUUACAAAACGUUCGACACGGAAGUUAUUACGCGAAGACCGGCGACAUCGACGGCUGAGUUUUUGACGGAUGUGUUCGAAUACGUGGGGCUUUUCACAGGCAUAUGCGCGUACAGUGUUCUUGUGGGCCCUGCUCGAAUGUACCUCAAGCGGAAACCGACGCAACCGAAUGCACAGUAG